AUGGUAUCUGCCACACAAUUGUGUUAUCUAUUGUUUUUGUUUGUAGUGGCGUGUCUAGUGCUAGAGGGGACAAUGGCUAGCAAUGAUGGUGGUAGCAAUACAUUUACGCUGAGGCUUUUCCUGGUUCGUCAUGGAGAAACAGUGUCAAAUAGAGAAGGAUUGGUGGCGGGACAAGCUGAAUCGGCUCUGACAGAACAAGGAGAAAGACAAGCAGUGGCAUUGGGGAAGAGUGGACGACUUUUACUGGGUCAGUAUUGGAGGAUUUAUGCGUCAGAUCUGCAAAGGACCCAAGAUACCACCAGGUUGAUUUUGCAAGGAUACAAGUCAGCACCAACGGAUACUGAAUCCUCCUGUCCUGACGUUCGUUUGGAUGUCCGGUUGCGAGAAUUAUCCAAAGGAGCUCGCCAAGGCUACCCCAAAUCAUUCAACGACCAACAAGCAAUGGAAGCAAGAAGGCGCGAGGCCCAAAACCGUGGGGAAACAUUCCUACCUGAAACUGUUCCUGCAGUGGAAUCAGAAAGAGAUGCGUACAAUCGAUUCCUAAAUUGGCUCUUGGAGGUGGCUGGAGAGGCAGUCCGAGAACAAGGUCAAUCCACCAAAAACAAUAUUGUGUUGUCAACCUUGGUAGUCUCUCAUUCGGCUUUUUUACGGGCCAUUUUGACACACAUGUUCACCAAACAAGAAUUGAUACAAAAGGGGGCCACCUACGAUGCCAAUAAUCCUACACGAUUGCUGAUACCCAACACUUCCGUCACCACUCUGGAUAUACUCAUUCAUUCGACGAGUAGCUUUUGGAAACAACAGCCAUCACAAAUGGAACAUCAACAAUCAGUAAUACGAGACGGCGAAGAAAAGUUCAAUGGAUCCAUUUGGCAGUCCAAACUACAAGACUUGACGUGGACGGGUCACUACGAACUCGUUUGA